AUGCCUUGCAAAUUAAUUCUUAACAAUAACGGAGAUAAUGGUUUAGGUGGGGAUGCCCUUAUGUCUUUUACUGCGGGUUCUUGUGACUCUGUACUCCAAUGUUCCAAACGAUCCUUGAAAAAUGCUUCCUUACCCAAUCUCCUUCAUUUUAUUAAAGAUAUUACCGUAAAAUCGAAUAUCUCUAAAAUGACGAUGAUAGUCGGAUUGAUUUACGUUCAUAGGUUAAAGAAAACUUUACCUUCAAAAGCUCGUGGAGAUUUUGACACCCCUUAUAAGAUCUUUUUAUCGGCUAUCUUAGUAGCAAGUAAAUAUUUAAGUGAUCAUUCUCUUCAAAACAAGUCCAUCGCGGAAAUCACGAGUGGUCUUUACAACGUUAAAGAUGUAAAUACAAUGGAACGUUCUUUUCUUGGCCUAUUGAAAUAUAAUCUUUGGGUUGAUUCCGAUGAAGUCAAAGCAUUUUUGGAAGAACAUAGGGUUGAAUUGGAUAUGGAAGUUGAUUGGGACUGUGAUGAUAUUUAA